AUAUUCUCUACUGUUUUAAGACAGGAAGGCUUCCACCCCUAUCCUUCAUCACAAAGCAAUGUCUUUUCUUUAAUUUAUUUUUGUCAAUUUUGUAAUCUUUCUUUACCUUUUUUCUCCUCCCCCACCUUUUAUCUUCAACACUUUCUCUCUCUCCCUUUUAUACCCGUUACAAGAAGAAAUAUUCUUCAAAGCUCGGCAUUACAUGUAUCACCUUAAAUUAUCAGUUGGGGCCUCUUCCUAAAUCCCAGAAUUACCUCUCUGCUUAUCAUGGCCACCAGAAGAGUUUCCAACAGCCUGGUUUUACUCUUCCUUUCUCUACUCAUUAGUUGUUGUUCUGGAAUUCAUGUGGGGUUUUCCCAUCAUGCAGGAGGAACCAUUAGACCGUCUUCAUUAGAUGAAACAAUAUCAUUCCUCAAGGAAAAUAAUGUGUCCCCAUCUCUGAUUCGGGUUUUCGUGUCAGAUCACAAGCUUUUAUCAACUUUUUCCAACACUGGUGUCUCUAUUGAUCUCUACUUGAGUCACAGCCAGCUUCAGAAUCUGAUCAAGUCUAAAUCAUCUUCUGUCUCUUGGCUGAAAGCCCAUGUAGUCUCUCUUCUCCCUCGUGUAAACAUCAAAAGCAUUAUAGCAACUACUACUGUUACUACUAGCAAUACAAGACAAAAUGAGCUUCCUACACUUCUAUCUGGUCUCAAAUUGUUACACUCACUCCUGAGCAGCUCAAGUGUUGACAAUCGAGUUAAGGUUUCUACUGCAUUCCCUUUGUCGUUUUUCAAGAAUCUGAGCACUGGACAAGAAGAAGACCUGAGUAGAAUUAUCAGUUACAUAAAGGAAAAGAGGUCGUUUAUCAUUGUUGAAGCAACCAUGGAUGAAGAAGAACUUAUCAAAACAAGAGAUAGCCCAGAUGAGUUGUUUGUUGAGUCUAUAAUCCAAAAGGCCAACUCUGCUAUUUCUUCUUCCACUCUUCUUAAUGAUGUUCCAAUGGUUUUAACCAUAAAGAGCCCUGUUCUUCUCAGUUCAAAAGAAGUAGCUGAAUUCAGUGACAAAGUCUCCAAAUCUUUGCAAAACAACACUCAAAUUAGAGGUAAGCUGAUUGGAUUAUAUGCAGAGUUACUAACUAAAGUAGAAGAUUUUGAAGUGAAGGAGCUUAGAAGAGAAAAAGAACAGAUUUUUCAUACUUCUGCCCGGAGACAACUCCUUACCAAACUCGACCCAGAAACACCUUUACACGAGACAAUCUUUCCCACUACUCCGACCAUCGUCACUGUUCCUUCUUCAAACCCAGUAACCAUAACCCCAGUAAGUCCAUUAGAUACGCCUGUGCCGUUCCCCUUAACAACUCCGGUCAAUGUUCCGGUCACAUACCCAUCCAACACUCCGGCGCCUAUCACAGUACCCGGAGCACAACCCAUUACUAAUCCCGUCACAACCUAUCCUCCUCCGUUGGGAACAGUUCCAACGACGACUCCGGUUCCCACAAAUCCCAUCCCUCCUCCGGCGCCGACGGGGAACUCUCCGUCGGUAUCGGGACAGAGCUGGUGCAUCGCCAAAAGUGGGUCAGCGGAGACGGCACUUCAAUCGGCACUGGACUACGCCUGCGGCAGUGGAGCCGACUGUUCCCAGAUCCAGCAAGGUGGGGCCUGUUACAACCCGAAUACGCUUCAGAGCCACGCCUCGUUCGCUUUCAAUAGCUAUUAUCAAAAGAACCCAGCGCCGACGAGCUGCGAAUUCGGAGGCACUGCCACAUUAGUUACCACCAACCCAAGUACUGGCUCGUGUGUCUUCCCAACAUCUUCAUCUUCAUCUUCGACACCAGCUUCACCGUUCACUGUAACUCCAACGCCGGUGACUCCGACUCCUCCUACUCCGAUGCCAGUGACUCCAACCCCAUCAACUCCAGCAACUCCAACGGUGACGAAUCCAGCGGCUGGAACACCAUCGCCGUCAUGGGGAGUCGUAUCUGGCUCCGGUUCUACUCCGCCGACUGUGUUGAAUAGCAGCACCGGAACCACCCCAGAUUUCGGGUUGGAUAGCCCACCUGGGUUUAACACAUCUACGUCCAAAGCUGGUGGUUUGAGACCCUUUAUUGGGUUCAUAUUUCUAGUGACUUCGUUAAUUACUAAGAGCGUUGUUCUGGGAAUUUAGAAAUGAUAAAACUUCUCCGUGUACAAUCAACGGUCAGGAUGUAAUUGCUCAGGGGGAAAGAAAAUCAAGAGCUUUUUGUAUAGAUCAAGAUCAUAUCUCUGUUUGCAGAAACCCGGUUCUUCCUAAAAUGGUAAGUAAGCAGUACAAGCUUUGAUGGAGAUAUAGAGAUGGUCAAUGGUCAUCACCAUAGAUACAACAUCCAAAUUCCAAAUGGGUGAUUCUCAUAAUUCUGUAUAUAUAUUAUGUUAAAAGUUUGUGGAGUGUAGUUCUAAUUGAAUAUUCAGAUUACUUAAGUUUUUCAUGAACAGUGAGGCUCAAUUUUGCUCUUUUUGAUGCGAUCUUCAGAUAAAGAUCUAAUUUGGCUGAUUUAAAAUGUUGGAGAAAGGAGAGACUUAUCAUAUGGUUAUCAGAUGGAGCUUUUUGGUUUUAGUUUCUAAUAUAUGUAAAACGUUCAUAAUUGAUAGUUAUUGAGAAGAAAAAGUGGAACACUACUGCUUGUAGUGCUA